AUCAAAGAAAUCAGAACGUUUUUAUUUAUGAAAAUCAAAUCCCAAUUCCAUGCAAAACUAAGCUCACGUGCAUUAAAAUUAGUCGAUUCACGUUUACAGUUUGAGAGCUUCAGUACAUCUAUCACUAUUCAACGUAUCUUCGAACAUCCGAACACACAUUUUUUGAUAUCAGCUGUUCCGCACCGGCAACAGUCUGUCAAAUGUUCUAAACCAUCACAAAUUUCAAUGCAUUCGUUUCACCUUCAUCUUCCGGCAAGAGAAAUAUAGUUUUUCGAUAAAUUUAGUGAAUUUUAGACCAAACCCACCGACCUUAUCAAACUACCCAAAUUGCGGAUACCGAUAAACCUACGAAAAUUAAUUGUGUCGUGUUUAUUUCAUUUCGUUACUUUCCUAUUGGAAAAAAAAACCGAAAAAAACAAAAGCUAUCGUGUAUGAAAAUUUGUGAUGAUAGUGGAAACCGCCGAGUUAGGAAUUCAAAUAACAAACUCUUAGGAAAAAGGACAUUGACAUGACUGAAGCUAGGAGUAGUCAGCCCCCGGAGAAUGUGAGCAACGUGGUGAAGGCGCCGUGGAACCGGGACGAUCCUCGCUUCAGGAUUCGGCCAUACCAACAGGCCGCCUCCAGCUGUACGGGCGCGCUCAUAACGUCAUUGUGUAUGACUCCACUUGAUGUUGUAAAGACACGCCUUCAAGCACAACAAAAAGCUCUAGUUUCCAACAAAUGUUUCCUAUACUGCAACGGCCUGAUGGAUCAUUUAUGCCCAUGUGGUCCUGGGGGAACAGUUCCUCAACAGAAAACCCUCCACUUCAAUGGCACAUUAGAUGCUUUUGCAAAAAUCAGCCGGGCUGAAGGAGUACGUUCACUAUGGUCUGGUCUCGGACCCACAUUGGUCCUCGCCGUUCCGGCAACAGUUAUAUACUUUGUAGCUUACGAACAGUUUAGUGCAAGAUAUAAAGAACUUUACAGGAAAUACAUAAAUCCGUCGUUGAAUAGCCAACUGACGACGCCAAUUAUGAUACCAAUGCUGUCGGGCGCAACAGCUCGAACAUUGGCUGUUAGUAUUGUAAAUCCAUUAGAAUUAAUUAGGACGAAAAUGCAGUCCCAGAAACUCAGUUAUUUAGAACUUCAAGAUUGCCUUAGAGCCAUGAUAGGAGUGAAAGGUGUUGCAGGGCUUUGGAAAGGAUUAGUACCAACCUUGUGUAGAGAUGUCCCGUUUUCUGCUAUUUACUGGACGUCGUAUGAGAAUUUGAAACACGCUUUCCACGUUACUACGCCAUCGUUUGGUUUUAGUUUUUUCGCGGGUGCUGUUUCUGGUUGUAUCGCUGCCUUUGUCACCACACCAUUCGACGUAGUAAAAACUCACCACCAAAUCCAAUUUGGUGAAAAAGUAAUAUAUAUAGACAAACCUCCUGCUCAACUGCCAUCCGAAAAGAUGAUUCAAACUUUGAGAAAAAUCUACAUUUCCAAUGGGAUCAAAGGAUUAUUCGCUGGGGUUACGCCGCGCCUAGUAAAGGUCGCUCCCGCGUGUGCGAUAAUGAUAGCAUCAUUUGAAUAUGGGAAGACAUUCUUCUACAAACUGAAUGUGAAGCGAUACGAAGAAAGCCUUGAAGCCUUGAAUAAAAAGCCUAUAUAGACGAAAACAUUGAUAAAAAAAGAAAUAUCUGAUUUUUUUCGUUGAAGAAAAAACUUACAUAGAAAAAUGCAGAUUAGUUAAGACGAUAGGCGUACAUAUCAAGGCAACUUACUUGAAUCUGUAAAAUCCACAAAAUUGAGAAAACAAUAAUUUUUUUAUUGUGGCUUUUUAUGUGUUAUGCACAGAAGAAAAUAUUUUUUUAUUGUACAUGAAUGAAAUUGAUAUAAAUCAUCACUUCUAGGAUUAAGGUUUGGAUGGAAAAAAUUCGGUCAUUUAUGUAGACACAA